GGCUUGAGGGAGCUGCCUUCCAGAGUCGGCUGCCUGUAGACAAGAUGACCGCCGUGGAGGCUGCAGCAUUUCCAGACAUUGUACAAGGCUCGCCACAGUCUCUCAAGGUGUUUCUCUAUUUGAGGAAUAGAAUUCUGCAGCUGUGGUUGGAGAAUCCCAAACAACAGCUGACCUUUGAGAAUGCCAUACAAGAUAUUGAGCCUCCAUACAACAGUGACGGCCAGUUGGUUUUGAGAGUUCAUGCAUUCCUAGAGAGGCAGAGUUUUAUCAAUUUUGGCAUAUACAAGAGACUAAAACCACUUCCAGCCAAGAAGAACUGUAAGGUGAUAAUCAUUGGAGCUGGAGUAGCGGGUCUUGGGGCUGCCAGACAGUUGCAGUCUUUUGGUGUGGAUGUCAUCAUCUUGGAAUCUAGGGACAGAGUGGGUGGUCGAAUCCAGACAUUCCGUCGGGGAAAUUACAUAGCAGAUCUCGGAGCUAUGGUGGUCACAGGGCUAGGAGGCAACCCAGUGACAAUCCUCAGCAAACAGGUGAACAUGGAGCUGCACAAGAUCAAGCAGAAGUGUCCCCUGUAUGAGAGUAAUGGAUGCACUGUGGCCAAGGAGAAGGAUGAGAUGGUCGAGCGAGAGUUCAACCGACUGCUGGAGACGACCUCCUACCUGUCACACCAGGUCAACUUCAAUGAGAUCAACGGAAAACCUGCCUCGCUAGGGCAGGCACUGGAGGCCGUCAUCAAGUUACAGGAGAAGCAUGUGAAAGACAAACAGUGUGAACAUCAAAGAAGCAUCAUAGAGAUGCAGGAGAGGCUGCGCAAGUGUCAGGCACAGAUGUUAGCACAAAAGGAACGUGUUCAAGAACUCCACCGGCAGUGGAAGGAGGCUUCAGAUGUGAAACCACCAAGGGACAUAACUGCAGAGUUUUUGGUGAAAAGCAAGCUCAGGGACCUUAAUGCAGAAAUCAAGGAAUACGACCAGCAAACUGCCAAACAGAAGGAAAUAGAGGACAAGCUGCAUGAACUGGAGGCAAACCCACCGAGUGACGUCUAUCUGUCUUCGCGUGAUCGACAAAUCCUGGACUGGCAUUUUGCAAACCUGGAAUUUGCUAACGCCACGCCCCUGUCAAACCUGUCACUCAAACACUGGGACCAGGAUGACGACUACGAGUUCUCUGGAUGUCAUCUUACGGUGAGGAAUGGCUACUCCUGUGUUCCGAUGGCUUUGGCUGAGGGACUUGACUACAAACUCAAUACAGUGGUGAAACAGAUCAAAGUUCUGGACAAAGGUGUAGAAGUGGUGACAACAAACAAGAAUGGAACCAACCAACAAGUCUACAAGGGAGAUGCUGUUCUGUGUACCCUCCCUCUGGGUGUUCUCAAGGAGUGUGUCCGCAGCUCUCCCAGCGUGCCCCAGUUUAUUCCUCCUCUCCCCGACUGGAAGGUUGAUGCUAUCGAGAGACUCGGCUUUGGAAAUCUCAAUAAGGUUGUGCUGUGUUUCGACCGUGUUUUCUGGGAUCCCAGUGCCAACCUCUUUGGCCACGUGGGCAGCACCACUGCUAGCCGAGGUGAACUGUUUCUCUUCUGGAACCUCUACAAGGCCCCAGUUCUCCUGGCUCUCAUUGCCGGGGAAGCUGCGGCCAUCAUGGAGAAUGUCAGUGAUGAUGUCAUCAUUGGAAGGUGUCUGGUAGUCAUGAGGGGCAUAUUUGGAGCUAAUGCUGUUCCUCAGCCCAAAGAAACGCUUGUGUCCAGAUGGCGAGCGGAUCCUUAUGCCCGAGGUUCCUACUCCUACGUUGCUGCAGGUUCAUCUGUUGGGGCUCCAGCUCGCUUGUUUUUCGCUGGAGAACAUACCAUACGUAACUACCCAGCCACGGUUCAUGGUGCUCUACUCAGCGGAUUCCGGGAGGCAGGUCGGAUAGCGGAUAAGUUUCUGGGAGCUCCAUAUUGUGCUCCACAGUCUUCCAACAUUGUCGUCUCUGACUCCUAG